AUGAAACUGACUACCAUUUUAACUCUGGCUGUCUCUCUAGCCCUGACCACAGCCACAGAGGCUGCAUCAUUAAAAGAGAGUGGCAUCAAGCCCGCCACUUCCAAAGAUCAGGCUCUCAACGUCGUGGACCACUCUGGUAACGAAGCCUCCUUCCAUCACUAA